UGCUCUUCGGACAAAGAGUUCACAUCGAGCUCGCGAGACUUGCAUCUCGCAUCACCAACUACUCAACAUGACGAUACCGGAACUACGGAGAGAGCUUCUCGCUCUGUCGCCAGAGGAUCGGAGGGACCUCAUGUGCGAGAUGCUGUGGUCACUCCCACGCGAUGAGAUGCUCCACAUCUACGCCCGCAUUUCGGACAGGAUGCAGAAAGACAUUGUCGGGCUUCUCCCGCCCGAGAUCAGCACGCGCAUCCUGUCGCUGCUCUCCGCCGACGACCUCUUGCGCUGCAAAGCCGUUUCACGGGAAUGGGCCAAGCUGUGCGACGAUCAAUCCAUCUGGAAGAUCUUGUGUCAGCGCCACACGCCGCAGAUCGUCCCGCGGCACACAACAUGGAACGAUCUCGAGCUGCACCGCCAGCUGGUGCAGCGCGCCGUGAGCCCGAACACGUCGCGCGCGUAUGGCGACGAGAGCUUUGAGUACGCUGACGACGACGACUCGCACAUCAUGUCCAUGUCGCCGUCGCCGGGCGCCGUCCGCCGCACCGUGUGGGAACGCUCUAGCGGACUACCGACGUAUCAGCGCGCAGUUGCCUUCUCGGCGCCCGCCGCUCCACCACAGGCCGAGAACUCGCCAGACGUGGUAAUACCCUCCCACCUCGGCCUCCCGACCGUGUUUCCCCGCGUAAGCUACAAGCAUCUCUACCUCGUGCGGCGCACGCUCAACCGGCGCAUGACGUACCUCCGCCCAGCAGACUUGGAGGCCAACGGCCGCCGCACAGCCUCAUCAUGGAAUCCGCGCGUCACAAUCAUCAAUCCAACCUCGUCGCAGGAGCACGGCGGCUUGCCGGGGCACACAGAGAGCAUCUACUCCCUGCACCUGAUCAAGCACCACAUGAACAUCUCGUGCCGCAUAGGCGAGGUCGACGACGCGCUGUACAGUCUCCUCGCGCCCGUCUCGAGCGACAUCUUUGGCACGACCGUGUCAUCUAGCCGCUCGGGGCUGUCGGGCAGUCCCGCGCGGGCGUCGACGCCCUCGUCCUUUUCCAUCAGCGGGCGCGACUGGCUUCUCUCCGCGUCCCGCGACAAGACCAUGCGCCUGUGGCAGCUAUCGCCCACUCCGCGAGUGGUGAAAGUGUUUGCGGGCGGACACGCGGGCUCGAUCCUGACCCACUUUGUUGCUGAAAUACCUGUGGAGGACGCGUCGAGCCGGUCUCCGUUGGGAUCGUACUCGGGCGCCCGCUCGCCGCCAAAAUCGCCGUCUCCGCGCGCAGCCAAAACCCGCCUUGUGGCAAUCAGCGGCGGCGGGGACGGCAAGAUCUGCCUGUGGGACAUCGAGAACGGGGACGGCUCGCCGGAGAAGGUGGUGCAAGCGCACACAGACUCGGUCUUCUUCCUGCGGGGCGACAGCGAGCGGAUCGUCAGCUGCUCAAAAGACCGGACGAUCCGUGUCUUCGACAUCCGGACGCUCGAGGAGCUGGUGGUGAUCGAAGACUCGUCGGACGGGCACCGCGGCGCGAUCAACGCGGUGGACAUCACCAAGGAGUUCAUCGUGUCCGCGUCGGGCGACCGCACGAUCAAAGUCUGGGACAUACAUGACGGGCGGCUGCGCGCGAGCCUGGACGCGCACGUGCGCGGCAUCACGUCGAUGGCGUUUGAGCCGCACGCGUCCCGCCUCGCGGGCUGGACGCCCGAGGUGCCCGGCUCGACGCUGCGCGCGACGCUGGUCACGGGGUCGUCGGACGCGUCCAUCAAGACGUUCCACGUCGUCCAGCUCCCGCCGAGCGCCGAGCUCGACGAAGUCACGUUCCGCGACAUGCUCGACCUCGACGCCGACGAGCCGCGCGUGCGCUACGCCAUCCAGCCGGGCGUCGCGUACCAUGCCGUAUGCGUGUGUCCGGUGCCCACGCGCCCGAGCCCGAGCGGGUGCAUGCGCUGCUUCAAUCGCGGGCACACGGAGCUCGUGCGCUCGCUCUACCUCGGCGACCACGUGACGCUGUCCGCGAGCUACGACAAGACGAUCAAGAUGUGGGAGCGCGCGACGGGGCGGCUUAUUUUCGACUUUUCGGGGUGCCAUAAAGGCAGCGUGUUCGCCAUCACAGGCGACCACACGCGCGUCGUGAGCUCGGGCAUCGAUGCCAAGAUCGCGAUCGUCGACUUUGCCGAGGGGCUCGACACGUCGUUUGUGUAGUUUGUGUUUGUGGGGUUGUAUUGAUUGUAUGCAUGCUGACCAACCGCAACGACUUGAGGUACACAUGUUUACAACGCCUGCCGUACUUGCACGCGAUCGUCUGCCUCCAAGCAUCGCACCCACACGUCGUCUUCCCAGGCGAAGGGGAAGGAUUUGUAUGCCUGUUGUUAGCUGAGCGAGAGACA